GAGCAGCGUCGAGGAGCGAAAAAUUCGUGCGAAAGUUUAGCGGGUAAAAAAAGUCGAGAUCCACGCGGAUUUCGCAAGAAUGCGGCCGUGCCGUUUGCUGGAGGAGGAGGAGGAGGAGGAUAACGGCAGGAAGAGGAAUCAAUUCAGCAAGGACGAACGUUUCGUUUUGUUGAGCAUAAUGGGACAGUACGCGCCACUGCUGGACGAUAAGAGCGCGUCGGUGUUUGAUCGCCGAGAGAUCUGGCGCGCGAUCGAGCGAGACUUCCACCGUGCGGGUUUCACUGGCAAGACGUCGGCGCAGCUGAAGAAGUACUGGCAGAACUACAAGUAUCACGGCAGGAGAGCCCAAGCGGGCAUAAAGAAGCACUCGAGUGCAACUUCGAAACACGCAGUAGAGGAGGCACCGCAUCCGGAAGUCUCUGAAAAUCGUGAUAAUCUCGAAAUAACGAAGACUGCCAAGGAACGAACAGCUCCCUGCAUCUCUCCUCACAACGACGCAUCGCUACGAAACAUCAACGAUCCAGGAUAUCGUCGUGAGAUAUACGAGGAUAAUGGAGCGUUCUUCCGGAAAUUAAGUUCUACGUCGAUUCACCCGACCGAUUUAGAUUCACUUGGUAAGAAUCGAUCCAGCUUGGACAUUUCGCAAAGUAAGGGAUUCUCGAGUAAGAUUUACGAAGAACCAAGGGGUGUGACAAACCACGAACCGGAGAAACCAAUAGGCACUGAUGUGAUAGUAUCUAACACCGACAUUUCGGACAAUAGCGUGACUGUGUCAGUGAUUUGUCCUGAAAGAACUCCCGAGCUUUUCUGCAGGAAUCAACCGAAAAGGAAACGCGAAGACGAUGCGUCGCGUUUAGAUAGGUUCUCUUAUCAAAGCGACAUUUCUGCCGUCUCAGCUGCAUCGUCAAGUAAGAAACGCGGGAGCGACGAUCAGUCCAUUUUCCCGACCGCUGCAGGCUCGGCAAAAGGAUGCUGCUUCUUACUUCAGCCCCGACAGACUGAUAAUCACAGUGAAGUAAUCAGUAACCGAAGGAAUACAAUUGAAGUACGCCGGAAAUUGGAACCAGCGAAGGAGGGAUCUACUAUCCUGCCGUCGAAAUUUAUGUCCUGGAGCAAAGUUUCAUGCUCAGUAUCAGCGAAAAAGAUUCCUGUAACGAUCAAGGAAGACUUUGCGAAGGAAAAUUCCGCUGCUUCUGGUAUCCGGGAUUCGACGGGAUGCCACAAAGGAAACCGCGAAGAAUCGAAAAUUGACGAGAGCGCAGUGUCGGGAAGUCAACGGGACGAUUCCGGCGGAACUACGAGGUUGCGUAUUCCAAAUGUGCGAUUAUGGGAUCAAGGUGAGGCUGACCUGGUCCGAUGGGAACUGCAGGAUGAGCUAAAUUACCGGUUGACCCUGCACCAGUUGGAAACCGAGGAGAAGCGGCUAAAAGUGAAAAUUGCUGAGAUGGCUAUUCAGGAGAUUCGAUUCAGGAUCCAGGCUCUGAACGAGGACAUUCGACACGCGGACGAGCUGCACGAGUUGCAGCUGGCACUUGCGACAGCUCAAGCGGAUACCCAAAGGCUGCAUGUUUAA